UUUCAGUUCCAUCUGGCUGUCCAUUUUCAACACUGCCAUAUAUACUCCUCUUCUGAAGCAAACUGAAGUUUAGUUUUCAUACUAAACUACUGUUCAGAUUGGACUGAACAAAAUACAGCCUACAGAAGUCACUGCUGAAUUGUGGGGCAAAAAAGUACAAAGAAGAGAAAGUGAGAACAAGGUGGGGAGACAUUUUUAAGGCAUCCAUAAUGAGGACUACAGUACAGUUCUAUAUCACCUACUUCCUGGCUAUCCUUCUGAGUGUCCUUUGUAUGAUUUUUGUCAUCUAUUGGAAUGCUACAUGGCGUGGGGGCUUUGCCUGGGAUGGUUCAGCUUUGCAGUUUAACUGGCAUCCAGUUCUCAUGGUGAUUGGACUGAUUGUGCUUUAUGGGAAUGCUGUAAUGCUUUAUCGAAUUCCUAUAACCUGGGAAGGCUCCAAACUUCCGUGGAAGCUUCUUCAUGCUGGGCUGACCUUUCUAGCAUUUAUAUUUGCUGUGAUAGGACUUGUUGCUGUGUUUGAUAACCACAAUGCAAAAGGUGUUCCUAAUGUCUACUCUCUGCAUAGCUGGGUGGGGAUCUGCACCGUGUCCCUGUUUGCAGGACAGUGGCUUCUGGGAUUAGCAACAUUCUUGUUUCCCUGGACUCCGCUGGAACUUCGACAGUUGGCUAAACCACUGCAUGUGUGGCUGGGUACCAGUGUUUUUGUUAUGUCGCUUAUUUCAUCCAUCUCUGGCAUCAAUGAGAAGCUCUUUUUUGUCCUAAAUGGUAAUUCUACUGAGCAGUACGCUAAACAACCAGCAGAGGCCCGCUUUGGAAACGCUCUGGGAGUCUUGAUUUUUAUCUUUGGGAUCAUCGUGCUACGGAUACUCUUCAACCAUUCAUGGCAGCGGCCUGAUGGCCAUCCAUCUGAAGUAACAGAGCCUCUACUUAAUGGACGCCGAUGAGCUUCGACUGAAGAGAACAGUGUGGUGUUAUUAGGUGUCAUGCAGAUUUGGCAGUCACCUCACCUUGCCUUAACAUUUAAACAGCUAAAAGCUAAAGUUGACUGCUCUGCUUUCCCAGCCACCAUAUGGAAUGAAGAAAACCUUCUUAUGGCUGUCAGUUCACUUUGCUUUAUAUUGGAGUGGCCUUUUAGCUGGUCCGUAGCCCAUUCUUUACCAAACACCCUCUAGACCUUAAUGGGGUUAUGCAGUGAAGCAUUCUGGACAGGUUCACUUGCUGUAUUACUGCAUUGAUUCUGCAGCAAACACCUCUCUUGUGUGUACUGUAGGAGGCUGAACACAGCAGCUGUAAUGAACGCCGUUCCAGCCUCAUUCCUUUGAUCCUUGUCACUACUGUUCUGCAAAAUCUUAAGGGACUUUUGUCAAUAUUACCCUGCGAUGAAGACUAUCUGGGGGACCCCUGAGAUUAGGUACCCACCUCACAGUUUUGUACAUUUGAAGAAACAUACUGUAUGUUAAAAAUAUUUUACUUGCUUUAGUAACGUGAAAAGUAAACAAGUCACAACUUCACCUUUCAGCCAUUUGAGGCAUCCAGUUCCUUUGUCCCUGCCAUGCAUCCGGUGCUUGCAGGGAUAGGCUCCAGCUUCCCUGCAACACUAUUCACGUUUGGAUGGAUGGAUGAUAACCCUUAGAGAGACACAAUUAAAACACUUUGUGAGGCAUCACCCCAUGUGUUCAGUCUAGAUGCUUCUUCUGCCACCUCUUGCUAAGAUCCAUAUGCAUAUUCUUGUUAUUAUCCUGCACAAAUUACCACACUGUAUAAGGGUUCUGGUGCAAAAAAUGUUAGAGCUGUUUAUUUUUAAGGAGAACUGUAAAUGAUUUUCUUGAUUAAAAUUUGAUGUUUUGUUUUUUAAACAGUCAUUCA